AUGGGUUCCGUCGUCCUUCCCCACCUUGUCACCGGCUGGCACGUCGACCAGGCCAUCAUGUCCGAGGAAGACCGCCUGGUCGUCAUCCGCUUCGGUCGUGACUGGGACCCAGACUGCAUGCGCCAAGACGAGGUGCUGUACCGCAUCGCCGACCGCGUCAAGAACUUUGCCGUCAUCUACGUCUGCGACCUGGACCAAGUGCCCGACUUCAAGCAGAUGUACGAACUCUACGACCCGGUCACGAUAAUGUUCUUCUUCCGCAACAAGCACAUGAUGUGCGAUUUCGGCACGGGCAACAACAACAAGCUCAACUGGGUGCUCGAGGACAAGCAGGAGCUCAUCGAUAUCAUCGAGACGAUCUACCGCGGCGCGAAGAAGGGUCGGGGUCUCGUCGUCUCGCCGAAGGACUACUCGACCCGCUACCGGUACUAG